CACACGCAACACUCGUCCUUCGGAUGACGCGAUUGCUGACUGACUGCACGGCCGAUGCGAUAACGCCUUCCCUUUCCUUCUUCCAUCAGUCCGCCCAAGUUCCAGCGCCAUGAACGUCUCUCGCUGGCUUAAGAAGCACUGGGAACCGCUCACAAGUCUACAAUCUUCGGCCUCGAGAGAAUUUACUCCUACCGCUGUUAUUUUGGGUCUCCUGAUAGGAUGCUUGCUGUGCUUUACGAAUCUUUACUUUGGGCUGCAGACCGGCUUCAUUAGCAUGAUGUCUCUACAAUCUGCCUUGAUUGGCUUCCUCAUAUCAAGAAUGCUGCCUGACCCUCUCAGCGCCCAAGAAAUAAUUGUUGUUCAAACUACUGCCGUAGCAACAGGAACAAUGCCUCUGGCUGCAGGUUUUGUUGGCAUCCUUCCUGCCUUGGGACUUCUAGACGAGGGGCGAGAUGGAUCUCCCCCCAUCCAUCUGACUUGGAUAGCUGCCGCAGGCUGGUCUUUUGCUGUUGCAUUUUUUGGAGUGUUCAUGUCCCCUCCAAUCCGAAAGCAAGUGAUUAUUGAAGAGCAGUUAGCGUUUCCGUCGGGCACCGCUACUGCCCAUCUCAUAUCUGUGCUACACAAGUUGCCCCCGCCGGAAACGGGGUUGCACCGACGAACUGGCUAUGAACGUAUCGAUGAUGAAGAAGUACCCGAUCCUUCUAGUCCCGCCAUAGACCGGGAGGAGGGUGCGCUAGUUGCGCAUGAGCAAGAAGUCGUUCAAGGUACCGGUUGGCAAACGUUGUUGUGGAGUUUCGCUCUGUCGGGGAUUAUGACACUCAUAGCGUACUUCUUCCCAGUUAUCUUUUCUAUUCCGCUUUUUGGAAACCAUCUUGCUAAAGAGUGGUUAUGGACUUUUACUCCCAGUUUGUCGUAUGUCGGUCAAGGGAUUAUAAUGGGUUAUCCCAUUACCUUGUCGAUGAAUCUGGGCAUGGUUGUUGGUUGGGGGAUUCUGUCGCCUCUUUCGAAGCAUCUAGGUUGGGCUCCUGGACCAGUCGGUAGCAUGACGGACGGUGCUCGGGGAUGGAUUCUUUGGGUAUCCUUAGCGAUAAUGUGUGCUGACAGUCUUGUGUCCUUGGUUCCCGUCAUAUUUGGUUAUGCCAAGGAGAUGAUUGGGACAAAUCUCGGAGCUGGCUCUUAUUCAGAUUCUAAAGAAGAUAAUGAAGUCGAGACAGCCGAUAGGCUCGUACCCCUGAGUUGGGUUAUUAUAGGAUGGAGUAUCAGCAUUAUUCUCGGGACGUUCUUGGUCUGGAUUGUGUUUGGUCAUGAAGGAAUCAAACCUUGGGCUACCUUCUUGGGUUUUGUUCUCGGGGGCAUGCUCAGCGUACUAGCAGUACGCGCUCUCGGAGAAACAGAUAUCAAUCCUGUUUCCGGUCUAGGGAAGAUUUCGCAGCUCUUCUUUGCUUGGAUACAACCCGGAAACAUCGUAGCAAAUAUCAUAGCUGGGGGAGUAGCAGAGGCAGGGGCGCAACAGGCUGGUGAUCUCAUGCAAGAUCUGAAGACAGGGCAUCUGUGUCACGCAUCUCCAAGGGCCCAAUUCUACGGUCAAUUAAUUGGAUCAGCAUUUUCUAUCUUGGUUACAACAACUGCUUAUACCCUAUAUAAUCGGGCAUAUGAUAUCCCAGGACCCUCGUUUCCUGCACCUACGGCGUAUGUUUGGUUAAGCCUGGCGCGACUUUUGCGUGACGGAAAACUUCCGGAACAAAGUAGCGUGUUCAUGUUUGCUUUUGCCAUCAUAUUCGGGGCUGUAGCAGCAUUUAAGACUUAUGCUGCUCGGAGGUAUCUUUGGUACAGCAAAUGGAUACCAUCCGGUGUGGCGUUUGCUAUUGGUUUCUUGAAUACGCCGUCUUUUUCGAUAGCACGUCUGAUUGGCGGUGUUCUCGAGCAUGUGUAUCGCACUCGAUUCACUAAGGACAAAUCAGACAUUCGCCUGAUUGUUAUUGCGAGCGGUUUUGUACUGGGCGAGGGCGUUACGAGCAUUGUAUCUUUGAUACUUCGGACAUUCGGUGUCGGCGUUGCUUCAUGCUGGGGCUGCGGCCACGGUCUGUGUGGGGGAUGUCCUGUAUGAUAUACAUCACUUGUAAAAUAUAGAAAUAGUAGAGCCGGCGAUCGGAACACGUCGGUGCCACGACAUCCAUACUGAACCAUAAGUAGUAGACAGUGGCACUUCCUAAAUUCAUGCCAUCAUGUCUCGACAACAAUUAGCGAAAAUCCCCUCUUUGACAUUUUACAAGGAUGAACUGACGAACUCGCGUCGGACUGCCCCGAUAUCGCAGCUGACUUGUGUAGGGAAACCGUGUAAAUUAUACACGCCCGACGUUGUGCGCUGCACCAAUCUAGGAGGCACGGGUACAGAUGUCGACUGGAAGUGC